AUGUCGUUACGACAAUCAGCUUCGAAGCAGAUGUCUAAAAACUCGACAGCACAUAGCGACUGCUCAUCGCAAGACCACAAAUGCCCCUGCUGCUUCAGACCAGAGAAAAAGAAGAAAUACAGGACAAAAGAAAAAGAAUCUCGAUUCUACAACAACGAUGUCACUUUCAAAGCGAACUUUAAAUAUAAAAACACUACAAGACGGACGCAUUCAAUGAAAGAACAUGUAGAGAAUAAUCGAGUCUCUUCUUUAAGAAGAGAGACUAAAACUGCGCAGACUUUGAGCCUUGUGGUCGGAGGAUUUGUUGCCUGCUGGCUCCCAUUCUUCCUAUACUAUCUCCUGACUCCAUUCAUUCCAAGUAAUUAUGUUAAUCCAGUCCUAAUGUACAUAUUAACAUGGCUAGGGUGGUUCAAUUCAGCAAUAAAUCCUUUCAUAUACGCUUUUUAUUCACCUGAUUUCAGAGUAGCUUUCUGGAGGCUCACAAUAAAAAAAUGUAAGAAGAAUAAACGUUAA